GGAGGGCGGGCCGGUGUGGGGUCAAGUGUCAGAGGGCGGUGCCAGCGGCCCCCCCAAGAUGGCGGCCUCCAUGUGCGACAUGUUCUCCUUCUGCGUGGGCGCGGCGGGCCAGGCCCGGGGGCCGGUGGAGGUCCGCUUCGUGAGCAGUGCCAAGGGGAAGGGGCUCUUUGCUACAAGGCCAGUCCAAAAAGGGGAGACCAUCUUUGUGGAGAGGCCGCUGGUGGCCUCGCAGUUCCUUUGGAAUGCACUUUAUCACUAUCGGGCCUGUGACCACUGUCUGCGGGCCCUGGAGACCGCAGAAGAGAAUGCCCAGAGACUGUCCGGGAGGAGAGCCGCAGCCCUGCCCUACCCCGAGCAAUGCAGCACCCGCAAGGAGCUCCACCAGAUGUGCCCCCACUGCCAGGUGGCAUAUUGCAGCGCAGAGUGUCGCCAGGCGGCCUUGGAGCAGUACCACCGCGCCCUGUGCCUGGGCCCCUCCCAGAGUGACCCUGAGCAUCCUCUGAACAAGCUUCAGGAAGCCUGGAGGAAUGUCCACUACCCCCCUGAGACAGCCAGUAUCAUGCUGAUGGCCCGCAUGGUGGCGACUGUGAAGCAGGCGAAGGAUAAGGAACGAUGGAUCAAACUCUUCUCCCAGUUCUGUAACAAAACGGCCAACGAGGAGGAAGAGAUUGUUCACAAGCUCUUGGGAGACAAGUUUAAGGGCCAGCUGGAGCUCCUGAGAAGACUCUUCACCGAAGCCCUGUAUGAAGAGCAGCUCAGCCGGUGGUUUACGCCAGAGGGUUUCCGGUCACUCUUUGCUCUUGUUGGGACCAACGGCCAAGGAAUUGGGACCAGUUCCUUGAGUCAGUGGGUCCACGGUUGUGACGCCCUUAACCUGAAGCCCCAGGAACGUGAGCAGCUGGAUGCGUUCAUUGAUCAGCUGUACAAGGACAUCGAGAGAGUGAACGGCGAGUUUCUCAACUGUGAAGGAUCUGGGCUCUUUGUGCUCCAGAGCUGCUGCAACCACAGCUGUGUCCCCAAUGCAGAGACCUCCUUCCCAGAAAACAAUUUCCUUCUCCAUGUCAUGGCCCUCGAAGACAUCAAACCUGGAGAGGAAAUCUGCAUCAGUUACCUGGACUGCUGCCAACGUGAGCGAAGCCGACACAGUCGUCACAAGAUUCUCAGGGAGAACUACCUGUUUGUCUGCUCCUGCCCCAAAUGCCUGGCCGAGGCCGAGGACCCCAGCGUGACCUCUGAGGAGGAGGAGGAGGAGGAGGAGGAGGAGGGUGAGCCAGAGGAUGCCGAGCUGGAGGAUGAGAUGACUGAUGUUUGACACCCCGACCCUCACCCUGACCUCCUCCUGCAGGAAAGGGGGCUUUGGGAGCCGCCCCCCCACCUCAUUCCCCAUCCUGAGCGGAGCAUCUGACCUCCCUGCUCCCCAGUCUGGCUGCCCAGGGAGCAGGUGGUGGGCAGGACCCCAGGCCCAGGCAGAGGGGGAGCUUUGUGUGCAAAGCUGGGGACCUUGGGCCUGUGGUGCAGCCCAGGUGGGGGCCAGGCCCUCCCCUUGAGAGCAUUCCAGUUGGGGGCCAGGAUUGGCCACAGGCUCUUGGAACUCCUGCCCACCCCAGCCCUUGUUGGUGUAUUUAUUUGGGAACCAAGCUGAGUUAUUGGACGCUCUCCAUGUGGGGGUGUCCUGGCCCUCCCCAGCCGCAGGGAAGGCCGCUUGGCCCUCCGGGGCAUGGCUGCGGGCCUGUUCUGCUGGGCAGGGCUCCCCUCCCUCCCUCCCUGCCUGCCUGUGGGCUCCUCAGCCCUUCCCCAAGCCCUCAGAAUCUCAUCUUGUGCCUUUUCUUCCCUGCCUGGGCAGGGCUGGGGCUUGGACCCUUUCCCAGGAAGGGGAGGAGCGGGCCCUGCAGACAACUGGGGGCGAGCACUAGGUCUUCUCCUGGGGAGGGGGGAGCCCCUGUUUGCCUGCCCCCCCCCCCCAGCCAAGUUUGGAGACCAUUUGUACUGAGCCUCCAGCCUCGGGCACUUCGGGGAGCUUGUGUUCCUGCAAGGCCCUUCUCCUUCCCACCUUUGGUGCUGUGUGUGCAGACUCGGUAACAGCUGGGACCGAGGGAAGUGAGCAGUCUUCCGGGACCGAGGAGGGCAGUGGAGACCCCCUAAAGGGGCUAGGGUGGCUCCACCUGGGGCUCUCCAUCCGGCCUCCCCAAGGAUCUAAACAGUGCCUGCCCCUCGCUUGGGCUUAGGGGGGGCCGUUCAUUGGUCUGGGCCAUCUGCCUCCGCCCCAGGGCUCUUACUCCUUAUGCCAGGUGAAAGGAAUGUGUGCUCUCUCCCCCCUGCCCCCCACCCUGAGGGGCCAUGUCACAUGACCUUCCCCCCCCCACCUGGUGCUCAUGCCAUGCUGACCACCACCCUACCCUACUGUUCAGUGUUCUCAAUAAACCGUGACUGGUGAACA